GAAUACAUUGUGUACAUGGGUGACCGUCCCAAGGGUCAUCUCUCUGCAUCAUUCCUACAUGCGAGCAUGCUACAGGAAGUUGUUGGCAGUAGGGCAUCAGAAUCUUUACUGUAUAGCUACAAGAGGAGCUUUAAUGGGUUUGUAGCAACGCUGACAGAGGAAGAGAAGGAGAAAAUUGCAAGCAUGGAAGGAGUAGUGUCUGUGUUUCCUAAUGAAAACAUGGAACUCCACACAACAAAGCCAUGGGACUUCAUGGGCUUCCCUCAAAGAGUCUCAAGAAGGGUCGACGUUGAAAGUGAUAUCAUUGUCGGAGUGUUUGACAGUGGGAUUUGGCCUGAAUCUCAGAGUUUCAACGACACAGGAUUUGGCCCGCCUCCAAGCAAAUGGAAGGGCUCUUGCCAAUCCUCAACAAAUUUCACUUGCAACAAUAAACUUAUAGGAGCUAAAUACUACUAUGCCAGAGGAUCAAUACCUGAAAAAGAUGUUGAAUCACCAAGAGAUACAGGUGGUCAUGGGACACACUGUGCCUCUAUAGCAGCAGGGCGCUUAGUGAACGGCGCAAGCUUAUUAGGCUUGGGCGAGGGUACAGCUCGGGGAGGGGUUCCCUCGGCUCGCAUUGCUGUGUACAAGAUAUGUUGGGCUACUGGUUGUUCAUAUGCCGAUAUCCUUGCAGCAUUUGAUGAUGCAAUUGCUGAUGGAGUUGAUAUAAUCUCAAUGUCCGUUGGACGUAGUGGGAAGUAUACUCCCUUGGAUUAUUUUCAAAAUCCCAGUGCCAUUGGCGCUUUCCAUGCUAUGAAGAACGGAAUACUCACAUCCUUUUCUGCCGGUAAUUCGGGUCCUGCUUUUGAAACCAUCAGAAAUAACGCACCAUGGUCUCUCGCAGUGGCUGCUGGCACCAUAGACAGAAGGUUUGUCACAAUGGUGCAGUUGGGCAACAAUAUGUCCUAUGAGGGAGUCUCUUUAAACACUUUUACGCUCAAUCGUCAGUACCCUUUAGUUUAUGCUGGGGACGUACCGAAUACUCAAGCUGGAUUUAAUAAAUCCGUAUCCAGGCGCUGCAAGGAACCAGGCUCACUGGACCGAACUUUAGUGAAAGACACAAUCCUUCUAUGUGAUUCGGAUUCUAACGGAUCAGAACCACUCCGUGCUGGUGUGAAAGGAAUCAUACUUACCGCUGGACGCGCCAAACUUCGUGGCGGAGCUUACGUUUUGCCUGCCUCCUAUUUGAGUGAUGAUCAAGGUGUUCGCCAGUACAUGAAAUCAACUGGUAAGCCUACCGCAACUAUCAAGAAAAGUGAGGGGAUUAAAGACGAAUUGGCUCCAUAUGUGAUUGGAUUUUCAUCAAGAGGACCAAACCCAAUUACAAGGGACAUUCUCAAGCCUGACUUAACUGCUCCUGGAGUGCAAAUUGUUGCUGCAUGGUCGCAGGCUACCACUCUCACGCAAAUAGAUGGAGACAAAAGGGUAGUUCCUUAUAAUAUAAUUUCCGGCUCAUCCAUGGCUUGCCCACAUGCUACCGGAGCAGCUGCCUAUGUGAAAUCUUUUAACCCUGGAUGGUCUCCCGCUGCUAUUAAGUCUGCUCUGAUGACAACUGCUCGUCCAAUGAGCAGUGUCAUUAACCCUGAAGCUGAGUUUGCAUAUGGGGCGGGUCAUAUUGAUCCAUUAAAGGCUGCAAAACCUGGUUUAGUAUAUGAUGCCGGAGUGCUUGACUAUGUGAAAUUAUUGUGUGGCCAAGGUUAUAGCACCAAGUCAUUGAAACUUGUCACCGGAGACAAUAGCAGUUGUUCUAAAGCUAACAAUGGGACUGUUUGGGAUCUAAAUUAUCCUUCCUUUACUCUAUCUUCCCAGUCUGAAAAAUCCAUCACCCGUGUCUUCCACAGGACCGUCACAAAUGUUGGUUCAUCGGUGUCCACUUACAAGGCAACUGUGGUAGCCCCUGCAGGGCUUGAGAUCCAAGUUGAGCCGAAUGUCCUUACUUUUAAGUCACUAGGUCAGAGGCAAUCCUUUGUGGUUACUGUCACAGCCACAUAUACAGAUAAUAAUGUAAUUUCUGGGUCAUUGUUGUGGUUUGAUGGGGUGCAUCAUGUGAGGAGCCCCAUUGUGGCACAUUCUUCGAUUAGAUUAGAGAAUUUGUUGAAUUUGGUGAAGAACGGUACGACUUUGGAUAUACUUGGUGUUCUUCGCCUUCAGGUAAAGAAUAUUACGUUUGGUCGAGUGAACACUGAAGAUGAGAUGGUGUCUCGUGGCGAGAGGGCGUCUCGCAGUACAAGUUCUAGAAUUAGAUUGAGUCAUCCAAUUGAUAAUGUGAUAGGUCCUUGGAAUAAGCAUGGUACUAGGAGUAUAGUCCGUGAUGAUGUAGGACACUCAUGCAUUGUAGAUGAUAUAGUUCACUCAUGUCACAUGGCUCAGUUUGAACCUAAGAAUGUUGAUGAAGCUCUUCAAAAUUCUGAUUGGCUUAUAGCUAUGCAAGAAGAAUUGCUUCAAUUUGUGAAGAAUGAUGUUUGGAAGAAGUUUAUGUAG